GUGGAAAGGCAGAGAGCAGAUGAUGUUGAAGAUGAGCGGGUGGCAGCGACAGAGCCAAAGUCAGAGCCGGAACCUGAGGAGAGAGUGUUCCCGAAGGAAGUCUAUCUUCAUACAUCAUCACACCUGAAAGCAGGAACGGACCGCACCGCGCCACAAGGAUGGCAGCCGGGUCACUGCCCUUCUCCUUUGGGACCCUGUCCAGCUGGGAGCUGGAGGCCUGGU